GCUUAUUCGUAUGUCCGAGUGUCAUAGCCACAAUACGUGCUCGAGUUUUUGUGCUUGUUUUCUGUAUGAAAUUCAAAACUCAAAAUGGGCAAGGAUACAAAGAGAAAGAAUAAAGCAAAAGCAAUAUAUAAAAAGAUAUAUAGUCAAAAAAAUGUAAAUGAUGCAUUAAAAGAAAUAGAAAAGGGGAUGUCUACACGAAAAGCUGCUGAUGCAUUUCAAGUGCCAAGAAGUACUUUGUACGCAAAGCAAAAAAGGAUAAUUCCAGUUGAAGGUGUUAGAGGACCUAAUACUUAUUUAACAGCUGAAGAAGAAAAAUUACUUGUUGAUUGGAUUUUCUAUUGUAGCGAAAGAGGUUUCCCUGUUUCAAAAUCUCAACUUCUUCAAUGCGUACAGAAACUUAUCACUGAGCUAGAAAGAAAAAUUCCGUUCAAGGAUAAUAAGUCAGGCAGACACUGGUGGGAAAGUUUUUGUCAUAGACAUCCAGAUGUGACUCCAAGAAUUGCUCAAAAUUUAACAAUGAAUCGAGCAUCAACAACAGAAGAUGUUUUAAAAAACUGGUUUAAUGAAGUAAAAAAACAUUUAGAAAAGUUAAAUCUGCUGUAUAUCCAUCCAUCAAGAGUGUUUAACUUAGAUGAAAGUGCAUUUUUUUUAAUUCCAAAGGCAGAUAGUGUAUUGGCUCGUAAAGGAUCGCUGUUUAUAAAGUUGUACAUGGUGAUAAGAAAGAAAACCAAUCCUAACAAAUCCCCACCCCUGCGUCCUUCUAUUUUCCCAAAUCCAGGACGCAACAAUGGAUUUCAAACUUGUGGUCUUUCACCAUUUUCUUCAGACGCUGUUGACUUCAAUGUUUUUAAUAAAAAGAAGAAAAAAAUUGCAGAGUCUACUGAGUGUGUGGAUCAAGAUUUAACAGAUAGCAAUGAACAAGAGGAAGCUACGAAACAUCUUAAAUAUUUCGAACAUCGAUUGAGUUCUGAUGAUCUUCAAGAUUUUAAAAAUGCUUUAUCAAGUGGAAGCUUAAAAAUUUUUAACAGUGCCAAUGAGGGACUUUUUAAGUACUGGCUAGACAUGAAGCGUCUAUCUGGAGAGAAUGUUAGUAAUAAUGUGAGUACAAAUGAAAAGGACUCCAGAGUGGACAAAAGUGAAAUGUCGAUUGAAGUUGUAAACUCAGCGUCUUGUCCUGUAGUAUCAGACAUGAAUGUAGAUAUUAGCCAGUUAGAAAUAGUUUUCUUAUCAGAAGAAAAUGAAAACAUUUUAAUCCCGGAGACAGAAACUUUGAGUACAGCACGGGGUGACGUAAAUACUUCAAAAAUUUGUGAUCCAACAUGUAGAGCUGAUAUAGAGCCUUUUGAAGAUCUUGGUCAACAUGACUUCUCUGAAGUUGAUAAAAAUGUUGAAAAUAAAAUGAAAUGUGAUACAAAAAAACUCGAGGACUCAAAUUUCAAUGAACAAAUUUUGAAUGUCACUGCAAUUGAAAGUAAUGUGACAGUUCAUGAAAAAAUCAUAAAUGAAGUAGAAAGCAAUGAAAAAGUGUUAGAAGAACUCAAAGAGAAUUUAAAUUAUAAUAAACCAGUUUUCAAUAUCAGUGCAAUUGAAGAAUUAAAAAAUAAUAAUGAUCAAGCAAACGAUAAAACUCAUCAAGGCAUGUAUAAAAGACUAACUUCCCAAUAUUUUUAAAUAAAUAAU